GGAGCCAUGGCUUCAGUGAAAGCUGAGCCACGGCUCCACUGAGCAUGCCCAGAACUGCCGAGGCUGCACCUACUGGGGGAAGGGAAUUGUGGGCAGAGCAGUAGUGUAGGCCUCAAAAGCCUUGAGGAUUGCCUGGUGCAGCCUGGGUGUCUCAGAGCAAGGCCUCUCAGCUGACAAAGCCUGCAGGUGUGGUGAAGGCCGUCGUGGGGAAAGGAGAACCCAUGAAGAUGGAGGGGAUGAAGGAGUCGCCUGGCACCAGAGAAGGGGGUGCCGGCGAGGGGAGCGCGGACAGGCGGGGGGACCUCGCAGCAGGAGAGGGCGAGCUGAACGGGACCUACGAGAGGUCGGAGGCGGGGAAGGGCCCUCACAGCUCCGGCCCGAGGGCGUCCCAGGACGGCAGGGCGUCGAAGCAGGUCGAGCCCAGCAGCCAGCCGCGGAUCACCGAGAACGGGGUGGCGGAAGGGGACCCCCCUCACGGCUCCGUCACCGGCAGUAACGGCUUCAUCUUGAGCGGGCAGCAGCAGGAGGGGGCGGGCCCACACAGGACUAGCGGGUCGCCUGCGGGCACCUCUUUGGCUGGGCACGCCGCCAAGACCCUCCCGUCCUCCAGUGGCCCCUCCAGGACGCGGAACCCGGGCGCCCAAAAGACUGACACGGGCACGGGGGCACCCAUUGAGGGCAGGGCAGAGACAGAGACUAAAAAUGGCACUGCCCAGGACCCCCCACGGCCCGUCACUGUACACCGGGCACGAAAAACCAUGGCCAGACCAGCCUCCAACCAGACAACACUAAAGCUUCUGAACAGGGAUCUAAAAGAACCAAAUGUCAGGAAAGAGGAGAACCGCAGCACACAGGAGAUAGAGAAGACGCUGCAGAUGACCCCCUCCCAAAACCAGCUACCUCAGAGCCAAAAUGACACGGCCCUUGCCCCCGCCAAGCCACAGACAGCAGCGGCCGUGUCCCGGAAAAAGAAGAGGAAGAUGGGGACGUACAGCCUCGUCCCCAAGAAGAAAACCAAAGUGCUGAAACAACGUUCGGUGCUGGAAAUAUUCAAGGACCUGAGCCACACAUCCACUACCGCACAGAAGGAGAGCCUGCAUAUGAAUGGAGAAUGUGUGGAAAACGAGUCGGAGGAGGAGGAGUCGGAGGAAGGAGAGGACUCCGAGGAGGAGGAUGAGCAGGCCGGCGAUGGGGGAGAGGAGGGCGUGGCUGCACCCCAGGAUGAGAGCGGGAUGGGGGAUAGCAGCACCCCUCAGGGGGAGGCGGAGGUAGAGGAGGAGCAGGAAUCCGAGGAGUCGGGUGAUGAUGAAGGAGAGGAAGAGGGAAAUGACUCAGACCUGAGCUCGGAGUCCAGCCUGAAGAAGAGGAUGAAGAAGAAAGGAAAGAGUGACAAUCCUUGGCUUCGACCCUCCAGGAAACGCAAACGCAAGAUGAAAUCCAAGACGGAGGCCCUCUCGGGCAACGAGGCGGAGCCCCAGGGGCAGACAGAGGCCUCUGCUCAGGCGGGCAUCAGUAAGGAGUACACAGAGGUGCCCCUGGACUCCCUCAACCUGAAGGCCCAAGAGGAGCUGCUCUCGUCACAGCAUUCUGGUGUGUCUGGGGAUGGCGGUGCUAUGGAAACGGACAUGGUGCAGGAGCUCCCCCUAUGUAGCUGCCGCAUGGAGACGCCAAAGAGCCGCGAGAUCCUCACGCUGGCGGACAGGAAGUGCAUGGCCACUGAGAGCGUGGACGGACAGCUGACUCGGUGUCAGAGUGGCGUUUUGAAACAGGAAAUGAUGCGUCCCUCCAACACAGUGCAGCUGCUGGUUCUGUGUGAGGCCCACCGGGCCGGCAUGGUUCAGCACCAGUGCUGCCCUGGCUGUGGCUUCUUCUGCAGGGCGGGGACCUUCAUGGAGUGCCAGCCAGACAGCAACAUCUCGCACCGCUUCCACCGCGCCUGCGCGUCCGUCAUGAAGGGCCAGAGCUUCUGUCCCCACUGCGGGGAGGACGCCAGCAAGGCCAAGGAGGUGACCAUUGCCAAGGCCGACACCACCUCCAGGGUCCCCCUCGCCCCCGCCGCCGGGGCGGCCACCGUGUCUGAGGGCAGGGCCGACACCACCACGGGGGGCUCGUUGCGCCUCUCUCUGUCGAGUGAAGACAAAGUGGACAGCUCCUUCUCCAGAACCGCAGAAGCGCUGGAGGUGUCCCCUGGUGGGUCGAAGACGGUGGGGACAGGGCUCGGAGUGGGGGCCCAGCUGGGACCGGCCAAAGAGACACUGGAGAGCAUCUUACUGGCGCUAGAUGCAGAGAAGCCGAAGAAGCUGAGGUUCCAUCCCAAGCAGCUGUACAUCUCUGCCAAACAGGGGGAGUUGCAGAAGGUCCUAAUGAUGCUGGUGGAUGGGAUAGACCCCAACUUCAAGAUGGAGAGCCAGAGCAAGCGUACCCCUCUGCAUGUGGCAGCUGAGGGGGGCCACCAGGAAGUCUGUCACAUGCUUGUCCAGGCUGGUGCCAAUCUGGACAUGUGUGACGAGGAUCAAAGAACGCCCCUGAUGGAGGCCUGUGAGAGCAACCACCUGGAGACCGUCCGGUACCUGCUGAGGGCGGGCGCCAUCGCCAGCCACAAGGAUGUGGACGGCUCGACCUGUCUACACCUUGCUGCUAAAAUAGGACAUUAUGACAUUGUGAAGUACCUCCUUUCCACAGGAUCAAUAGACAUUAACUGCCAGGACGAUGGCGGCUGGACAGCCAUGAUCUGGGCGACUGAAUACAAGCACAUAGAUGAGGUCAAGCUGCUGCUCACCAGAGGGGCUGACAUCAACAUCCGAGACAAGGAGGAGAAUAUAUGCCUGCACUGGGCAGCGUUCUCUGGGUGCGUGGGCAUCGCUGAGAUCCUGCUGGACGCCCGCUGUGACCUGCAUGCGGUCAACAUCCACGGCGACUCGCCCUUGCACAUCGCCGCACGCGAGAACCGGCUCGACUGCGUGACGCUGUUCCUUUCGCGCGGGGCAGACGUGAACUUAAAGAACCGGGAGGGGGAGACGCCCCUGGAGUGCUGCAGCCAAAGCUCUAAAGUGUGGAGCGCGCUGCAGGCCAACAGGAAGCUGAGGGAGGCCAGGGGCAACCGGGCGAGCCAGGGCGAGAAGAUCCUCAGCAGGGACAUUGCAAGGGGAUACGAGAGGGUCCCUGUCCCAUGCGUUAACGGGGUGGACAGCGAGCCCUGUCCCGACAACUACAAAUACGUCCCAGACAACUGCGUCACCUCCCCCAUGAACAUAGACAAGAACAUCACACACCUACAGUACUGCGUGUGCAAAGACGACUGCUCCUCCAGUAACUGCAUGUGUGGACAGCUUAGCCUGCGCUGCUGGUAUGACAAGGAGGGACGUCUGCUCCCGGAGUUCUGCCGCGAGGAGCCACCGCUCGUCUUCGAGUGCAACCACGCCUGCUCCUGCUGGAGGACCUGCAAGAACCGUGUGGUGCAGAACGGCCUGCGGACCCGGCUGCAGCUGUUUCGGACCCACAAGAUGGGCUGGGGGGUGCGGACGCUGCAGGACGUGCCCCAGGGUACCUUUGUGUGCGAGUAUGUGGGGGAGAUCAUCUCUGAUGCUGAGGCCGACGUCAGGGAAAACGACUCCUACCUAUUCAACCUGGACAAUAAGGUGGGCGACGUGUACUGCAUCGACGCCCGUUUCUACGGUAACAUCAGCAGGUUCAUCAACCACAUGUGCGAGCCCAACCUGUUCCCCGUGCGGGUGUUCACUACCCACCAGGACCUGCGCUUCCCCCACGUCGCCUUCUUCGCCAGCCGGCACAUCAGCGCGGGGGAGGAGAUCGGGUUCGACUACGGCGACCACUUCUGGGAGAUCAAGGGCAAGUUCUUCAGCUGCCAGUGCGGUUCGCCCAAGUGCAGGCACUCUGCCGCCGCCAUCGCCCAAAGACAGGCGGACAGCACGCCCGAGGGGCAGCAGCCCACCACGCUGCCCGACACCAGCUCGUCCCCCGCCACGCCCUCCAGCCCCUGCUGAGGGCCUCCCACACCCCCCUGCCCCCAACCCCACACCCAGCCAUCAGCCCCAUGACACUCACUCCCCACCACACCACACCAGCAUAAACCACACCCCCUCCACACCCCGCCCUCCCGGGCCACCCCUUUCAGCACUCAGUCCGCCGUCAGAGCCAGCCUUUACACAUAGAUGGGAGUGUGUCGCGUGUGCGCGCGCGCCUGUGUGUGCAUCAGUGACAGAUGGGUGUUUGUACAUGCCCCAAGCUCCAGGAGCCGACGCCCUCCCCAGCUGCCCCCGGGGCGACGGUGCGCUGACCGGCCAGGGGUGCGGAGACUCUAUGAAAUUUGCAGUUUUUAUUUUUCACGUGUUACCUGGUUUGUGAAUCCACAGCCUCAUUUGGGUUUGCGCUCAAAGCUCUAGCCAGGGUAUCGGUCCCAUAAUGGGAGUCCCUCAGCUGUUCAGCAAAGCAGAGUCUGAACAGAGAUACGGUGCGCAUUUACACCCAAGAGGCAAAUCAACAAGGAUUGUAAAUUACCCAGCAUGCAUCUGUAGCAUAUGAGUAGAUCUUGAUGCCCUUUGGCCUCCAACUAAUUCCUUUGGAACUAAAACAAAAUGACCACAUGGAUUUUUUUUAAAAAAAGGUUUGAUUUAUUUACCUCAUCAUCAGGUCUGUGUUAUCAGUGCAAGGGGAAACAGUAGGACAUGUUAAGCUCAAAUUUCACAUUAUUUUUGUUCACAAUCAUUCCUCUGAAGAAGUCUCUGGAUGGCAGGACAAAGAGAGCAAAAGUGUUGGUGACUGCAACAUUCUGGAAUCGUGUCCUCCUCUGAAUCACGUUUGAAUUGUUCAGAUUUUUUUCAAAUUUCCAGCCACUCAGUAUGUUAUUAGAUAUUUUUCGAAAGCUGUCCAUAGUAUAACCGGUUAUGUUGUCUGGGUGAUCUUUGGAAAUGAGCAGUAGACUCAACGGUGGAAGUCGCCAUGCCAUCGUCACCGUGUUCUGAGAUCAUUCCGGAGGACAUGAUCAUGGGUGAAAACCAGAGUGUCACAGCCACGUUCAGUAAAUGUCAUUAUUGACCAUGAAUUUGCCCAUGUCCCACACUGAAUGUUAGUUUCUGUCUGCCGCAAGGUCGUCAUCUCUCCCAAAAAAUUACCUUCCAGUAGGUUCCCACUACCUGCUGCACAGAAGAGUGGAUGGCUGGUGAUGCGGGACAGGGAAGUUCAAAGACAGCCUUUUGAGUAGUAUGAAAUGGUACAGGAGACCUGCCCUCUGAGGAUGCUGGCUUUGUGUGUGUGUGUGUGUGUGUGUGUGUGUGUGUGUGUGUGUGUGUGUGUGUGUGUGACUGACACAAAAUGAAAUCAAGAGGUGAGACACGGCAGUUAUUUCCAUGAAGGGCACAUCCAGGAAGGCAAGCUUUGUGAGGCACAGACUUGCAGUUUUUAAUUUUUUUUUUCUUUUUAUCAAGACAAAAAUUGUACAAUUACAAACAAUGAAAUUCUGGGGAGUUGAAGUAUGGGGUCCGAAUCUGCUGGGGACAAAAGUAAAUGGUGCUGACUAAGGUGUUCUUGUUUUGUUUUAUUUUGUAUUACUCACCAAGUGAAUACAAGUUGUAAAAUAAGAGGAAGCAGCAAGGUUUUCUUUUUUUACAUUUAAAUUUACCUCCAGUUUUCUAACUGUAGUAAGCGUAGUUAGUCAAUUUCGUUUCAUAAUUCUGAUGAUGGUUAAACCUCAUUAUUCCCAUGUCUUUUUAAAUGUGGUUAGUAUGGUAGUAUAUCUUGUGCAGAUUCUCAGAGACAAAUACGGAGAAAAAGACAAAAA